AUGUCCUUCCCCCUCUUUGAAUACGCGCGCAAGCCGAGCAAAGCUGAGCUGGACGACCUGAUCCGCGAGACCAAAGUCAAGGAUAUCAAGGGCUCCAGCUAUGGCCUGCUUGCCUAUGCCGACAAGAUAACUAGAAAGCAAGAUUACUUUAUAAUACCCCUUCUCAAAUUCACCCGGCUAUACCUGCUCAAAGCUGUGACCGACGAAGACGAUCUACGGCGGUUGUACGGCCUCGAGAUCGAUAUGGACAUGGUCGAGGCUACCGAUAAUGAUCCCAACGCCUGUGAAUAUCUCACAAGCUUCCUCGAGAUAGCCAAGGCGGCCUAA